CACUUCCUCCUCUCGGUGGACUACAGGAAGCUGCCGUCUGGCUGAUGUAAAGUUGCACCCUCGCAGUUGAGGAGACACCACCGGCGGCCGCCUCUUCCACUUUUUAAAAACAAGUAUAAUUUAGUUACCCCUCCUCAGCGGGCUGUCGUGGCACCUGGGCGGACAUGGCGACGGAGAUAGCUAAAGGUGUGGAACAAGUCUCAGUGGGUGAGCUGUACGUGUCGGACAAAUGUGGCAGCGACCAGGAUGGGGACGGCACGGAGCAGAAACCCUUCAAAACUCCCCUCAAGGCUCUGAUGUUUGCUGGGAAGGAGCCGUUCCCGACCAUCUACGUAGAGUCACAGAAGGAGGGAGAGCGUUGGGCAGUGAUCUCCAAGACGCAGAUGAAGAACGCAAAGAAGGCCUUUAACCGCGAGCAGAUGAAGAACGAUGCCAAAGACAAGAAAGAGGCAGACGACAACGAGAGGAGAGAGAAGAACCUGGAAGAGGCCAAGAAGAUCACCAUUGAGGACGACCCCAGCCUGCCUGAGCCUGAAACGGUUAAAAUCCAUCUUCUGGAGGCCAAGAGAGGUCAGAGAGUCAAAGUGUUUGGAUGGGUUCAUCGCCUCAGGAGACAGGGGAAGAACCUGAUGUUCAUUGUGCUGAGAGAUGGAACGGGUUUCCUCCAGUGUGUCCUGUCUGAUAAACUGAUCACUCCUCCGACCCUGGUGCAGACUCAGGUGGAGGGCGGCUCCACGCUGUUUAACCUUAACUACUUUGGCGAGCAGGCGUACCUGACGCAGUCCUCCCAGCUCUACCUGGAGACCUGCAUACCCGCCCUGGGCAACACCUUCUGUAUUGCUCAGUCGUACCGGGCGUACACUCACAUCGAGGCCGAGUGUCCCUUCAUGUCUUUUGAGGAUCUACUGAACAGACUGGAGGAUCUGGUGUGUGACGUGGUGGACCGAGUGCUCAAAUCCCCCACCGCCUCGCUGCUCUAUGACAUCAACCCCAACUUUAAACCCCCCAAGAGGCCGUUUAAGAGGAUGAACUACACUGAAGCCAUCGAGUGGCUCAGAGAGCACGACGUCAAGAAGGACGACGGCACCUACUACGAGUUUGGAGAGGACAUCCCCGAGGCUCCAGAGAGGUUGAUGACAGACUCCAUCAACGAGACCAUCCUGCUCUGUCGUUUCCCUGCUGAGAUCAAGUCCUUCUACAUGCAGCGCUGUGCUGAUGACAAACGCCUCACUGAGUCGGUUGACGUGUUGAUGCCAAACGUGGGCGAGAUUGUCGGAGGCUCGAUGCGUAUCUGGGACUCUGAAGAGCUGCUGGAGGGAUACAAGAGGGAGGGAAUCGACCCGACCCCGUACUACUGGUACACUGACCAGAGGAAGUAUGGCACAUGUCCUCACGGCGGUUACGGUCUCGGUCUGGAGCGUUUCCUCACCUGGAUGCUGAACAGACAUCACAUCCGAGACGUCUGUCUGUACCCUCGAUUCAUCCAGCGCUGCCGACCCUGAACAGACAGACAGACACAGACACACACACACACAGACAGACACACACACACACACACACACACACACUCUGACCUGGCAUGUGGCAGCGCUCUGUUAGCUAUAAAACGUGCCAUUACAAUAUUAAUCAAAGAACAAGAAUUUGACGUUUUGUCCCAUAAGUUGUUUUAUGUUCUGUAUCAUCCUGGAUCACGAAGAGUUAAAUCUUCAGUGAGCUGCAUGAUGUCUCACCACAGACAGUUAGAAACCCCACCUGCUGUGCUCCGCCUCAAACUUCACUGCUUCAUCCUUGUAUUCCUCCAAAUUAAGUAAUUAAUAGACACUGUAGUUUAUUGUGAUUGUGUCUACAAGUUCUAAGAAAAAUAUAACACUGUCUCAAAUGUGAUCUUGAAUGCUGCUAAAUAACAACAUAGUAAAAAACAUAAAAUGUAGUUGCAGAUGACAAAUGACAAAGCUGCAUAAUCACACAUUUUAAGUUAAACAUUUGUUGGUACACAGUCCACCAGCCAGUCAUGAAAUCAAUCCUGUCAGAUCUGUCUGUAUGAAACUCUGCAGGUUAGAUUGACAGGAAUAAAAACAAGAUUCCCUCAAAACAAACCUGGACGAACACCUAAGAAGACUAUGGAAGCACAUUCAUCAAAGACAAAAAAAUAGAGACACUAUCUCGUAAUUUUAUCUUUCGCACAACUUAAUCUGUUCUCGCAACUAUGAAAUAAGGUCUCUAAUUUUUUUUUCUUUGAUUUUGUUUUUUUAAUGCAAUGUUUCUGUGGAAAACGUAUCAAAAUAGCAACAGUCAGUGACGGAUACAGAACGUUUGUGUUCCUGUGAUGUCAGUAGAUCAGUCUGUGGAUGUUAGUUUUAAAGUGAGAACAGUAUAGGUAGAGUACAUCCCAAUAAUGUUUAAUGCAGCGCUGCCACACACUCCACUUCUCCCAUCAUUUUACCGGAUCCAUCCUGACUGCUGCUGGUUGGGUGAUGGUUAUACCGUUACUGGUAGGUUCAAAUGUCAGUCACAAAAACAACAGCGCCGCUUUUGUGCACUUUCCAUGUAUUUGGGAACAUUUUUCUUCUCGCCAGACAGAAACAGAGCUGGGUCUGCAACGUGGCAGCAGCCUCCUCCAUCAGUUGAUUGUGAUUGGUGGGUCAGAAAUACCUCGGCUUCUCAUCGUGUUGGUCUGUUCCGCCUCUUCCUGUGAAAAUACUACUCAACUAAUACAAAUAAACUGCACUUAAAUAAAAUGGGAUUCUAACGGA